AGACCUCCAGCUCCAAAGAAAUUAGGUGCCGUAGCAGCCUCCAGAGCCGCGGUUCCGGGGGUUCCCGGCGGGCAGCACCUGGGGCGGGCACACGGAGCGGGCGCGGCUCCGCGCCCCGCCCGGCCGGGCCCCGCGCGCCCCUCGGGCCCCGCGCGCCGCCGGCCCGCAGGCAGAAAAGCGCCGCGGCCGCGGGGGAGGCUGCAGCAGAGCCAGGGGCGGGGGGCUGCGCUGCACCGCUCACCCUGUUCUGCCGCAGAGAGAGGUGCCGGAGAGGAGAGUGGGGCCGAGGAGCUGCUCUAACUUUGUAGUAGUGCUUUGGUUAAGCUGAUGCCAGUGAGUGCACAAAGUGGAUAUUGCAAGUUUUUUGGAAAGCGUAUUUGCUUCGUAGAUUAUCUGCAGUAGGUAUGAAGCAAACUAAAAUCUGGUGGUGUUUUUAAAGCCCCUUGUAACUGCUGCCUUUCAUGCAAGAUUUCUGAAUUGCUUUAGAGAAAAUUCCUAAACCUGUGUGCCUUAAUGAAUAAAGACAAGCUUCCUGGGUACAGUAAAAGUUAAUACAGUUAGAUGCAAGCCAAAUAGAAGAGCUUACAAAACAAUAUAAGUUGUUUUAUUACAAGCAGAGAAUCAAUCAAUGGCAGUUUCACUCAGUCUUCGUCACUGUAACAGAAGGACUGGCUGUAAGAUGGAUGAGUCUGGUUUUUCUGUCGCUGUUUGGAUGUUUGUUUGCCUCUGUGCAUCUGUGGUUGGCUAUCCAAAUGGAAAAGUAAGAGAAGCCUGUACUAGCAUGGUACCCUGUCAUGGUAGCUCUCCUCAGCUGUCACCUGAGCACACCAUUGCAGUGAAUGGGACUGAAUUUAAACCAGGGGACAGCAUAGAAGUUCAUUUGUCUGGACCAGAUUUUGAAGGAUUUUUCAUACAAGCCCGGGAUGCAGAACAUCUGGAUAGCCCUGCAGUUGGUUCUUUUGUGUUGGCUGACCGGAGGCGUUCUCAGCUGCUGACAUGUGGUCGUACCAAGAAUUCAGCUGUCAGUCACACAAGUAAAUCAAAAAAGAAAGACAUAAAAGUUUAUUGGGUUGCUCCUGGAGAUGCUCCAAAACAUGUACAGUUUCUAGCGACAGUUGUGAAGAAAUACAGGAUUUUCUGGGUAAAGAUUCCAGGUCCCAUUGUUUCUCAGCCUGAUGUCCUCUCCCCAACACCACCUUUGCACGCAACGUCAGAGGCUAUGUCAACUUCACACCCAGUUUCCUACAUAUCAAAGCCAUUUAGUGUAUCAGGUUGUGGAAUUAUGAAGUUCUGCAUUAGGAACCCUACAAACUGUGAUCCUGGAAGUGCAUCCUGUUUUUUUCUAUCCUUCCAACAAGAGGAGAGCUCAGUUUUUAUUGAAAUGAGUGGUCCAAGUGAAGGAUAUUUAGCAUUUGCAUUUUCCCAUGACCAGUGGAUGGGUGGUGAUGAUGCUUACCUGUGUGUUAAUGAGGAUCACCAUGUUCACGUGAGUGCUGCCCAUCUGAAGGAGCGAAGUCAUCCUCUCUUGGAUUCAGAGAAUUCCCUUGAAGAAGUGUCAUGGAGGCUUGCAGAUGGCCUUCUUCAAUGUUCUUUCAGAAGGAGUAUUCGUCUCCCUGCUUAUAAAGGGAGAUUUAACCUGGAUACCAGUUACUACAUCUUUCUGGCAGAUGGGGAAGCUAGUGAAGGUGGGCUCAUAUACAAACAUCAUCGUCAGCCCCUUGUCACCAAUGGACUGUACAACGUCACAGGUCUUCCUCAGGAUAUUGGAGGUUCCCGGGCCCCACGGCUUAUCAAGGCUCAUGGAGCACUAAUGUUUGUUGCUUGGAUUACCACAGUUAGUAUUGGUGUUAUUGUUGCACGAUUCUUCAAACCUGUCUGGUCUCAUUCAUUCCUACUUGGAAAGGAGUUGUGGUUUCAGGUGCAUCGUAUGCUUAUGUUAGUCACAGUCAUGCUGACAAGCAUUUCUUUUGUGUUGCCUUUUGUAUACCGAGGAGGUUGGAGCCAACAAGCAGGUUUUCAUCCUUAUCUUGGCUGUGCUGUGAUGGCUUUGACAAUCUUUCAACCACUUAUGGCAGGUUUCAGACCAUCUCGUCAUGCGCCAAGGAGGCAGUUGUUUAACUGGUUUCACUGGAGUGCUGGUACAACAGCUAGAAUAUUAGCUGUUGUGACUAUGUUCUUGGGAAUGGAUCUGCCUGCACUUGACCUGCCAGACCCGUGGGACACCUAUGCAAUGAUUGGCUUUGUAGCUUGGCAUGUUGGUACUGAUGUUCUGCUGGAAAUACACAGCUACUGUCUUGUUCGUAAAGCUGAAGUGAUAGAGGAUGACAGAGUACAGAUAUUGCAGUCACUAACAUCUGCAGAAGCAGAGGGUCGUCUGUUUAAACAGAUUGUGUUAACCAUCUAUGUCUGUGGAAAUAUAGUAUUCCUUGUUGCCUUCCUGAUAGCAAUCAGCCAAGUAUGAAAUAAGUAUUUGAGAAUUUUGUGACAAAAUACUGUGCAGUUGAAAAAUCUGCAAGAAAUACCUUUUAUUACAACUUUUUUCUCAACAUGUCCUUUUUCUUCAACAUCCCUGAAGAUGUAAUCGAAGAAUAACUGCACGUGCAUGUCAUGCUCAGUGUUGGGGAGGUCUGGAAUUCAAAUUUAGAGAGGAAUACUGCAGUCCUACAAAAGCUGUCUUCUGAUGGGACUCUUAAUGAACCUUUGCCUGAGUAAGGAAUGAAAGCUCUACUUUUUAAGCACACUAGUUAUAUAGGUUAAGAGGAGAUUGAGAAGGUGUGCUGAAAAUGUUAUUUUGAUAGUUCCCUAAACCUUUUGUGAAUAUUGUUGGGGGAACUGGUAAGAUAUGACUGAUCUGGAUCAGUCUGUCCACUUUACUGUGUUUUCAUAAUAUCUCAUGUGCCAGCUUCCUGCUCUUGAUGGUCUUGUGCAUAAGGAAAUCCCUAACCAAACAAGCCGUGAAACUUGGUGAAAAAUUGUCACAAAUGCAGGUUGAUGCAUGAGCUAAAUAGAUAAAACUAAAAUGCAAAAAGCACUGUCUGCUCUAAGAGCAGUGUAUUUACACAACAAAUACAGGAUUUUUGGAACUUCAGUCCUUUAGUAAAACCACCAUUUGCCUCAUUCAAAAUACUGCUCUGUCUCAACCCUCUUGGUGCUUCUAAAUCAUAAAGAGAGGAAGCAUGUUUGCAAUAUAAAUGCAUUCAAACCUAUUCUGACUUAUCCCAAAUUCAAACCUUCUUCAGCUAGGAAGAACCUAUCUGUGUUUAUGGAUUUCUGUUUUACUGUCUUUGGUUGUUUUGAAUUACUAGACUGUGUGAAUAAGAUGGCUUUAUGCCAAUUGAUGCUUUAGUGGGAGUGAAAAUACUUGCUCUGGAACGUUGCAGUUGUAUUUGUGCUAUUGAGCAAAACAUAAAUUGGGAGCUAGAUCAACUUCAGGAAAAGCAGCUUCUGCUAGUGCUAAGUGAGAGCCCUUUCAUCUGGCAUAUCUAGAAGACAGAACUAUAAGAAUUAUGUAACAAUUCUGCAAGAAUAUUGGAGGGCAAUUUUUUAGACAACAAAAGGUUUCUUCUAAUAUAUGAACUAGGUACAGAGACUAAAAAGAGACUAUAUUUAACUUUUUUGGUUCAUGGUUUGUCUAAGUAUGGAAGGAUACUCUUGAAAGGGCAUUUUUAAAAUGAAACCUUAAUACACUGUGCAGUUACAGUGCUUUGCAGUUGUUACGUGGCUCUAAACAGCUUGCUCCCACACAUUUUCAUUUUUCUUACUGGAAAGUAUUGAUUUUUAGUUGCAACAAUUGAAAGUAUAUUUUUAGGCUAGGGCUACUAAGGCAGUUGGGAAUGAAGGUGUUGGGAGUAUUGGAUAGAAUAGUGAGUAGUGAGGCCUGACUUGGUAUAGACUUUCACAGCAACAUCUCUACAAGUGUGGCCAGCUCUAAAAUACUUGUAGGUGUGGGUCAGGUGGUGGUAUUUUGCAGUUACCAAAGCUGUCUGGUCUCUCUCUACCUUCCCAAGUCCAUAGUGCAGCCUGUUGCAUGGACAGGUAAUAUUCAGGAAGCUACGUGUUUGCUUGUAGUCAGUGAUCUUUCUGGCUGCUCAGAUAUCUGAUUUAGCCAUAAGGGUGUUUAUGGAGCUGGGGUUAAUCUCUUUUUCAGCAGCAGCUGACUGCCAGUGAGUCCAAGUUGAAUCAUCUCCCUUAGAAAAGUCAUGUGCAGAUUGGGAAAGGGAAAUGAGUUAGUUACCAAGAAAUGAGUUACACAGUUGGCCCCAUGCUUCUUGUCCUUCAGCCUGGGUUGUGAGUGUUGGGUGUUUUUAGGCAACUCUGAUCUCAAAAGCCUGGGAAUCUCAGGCUCAUCUACUGUUAAAAAGUCUUGUGGGACUCUUUCAUCUGCUGUGAGUUUAUGGAAGAAAAAUCACUCAACCUAGGCAUGAUUGAUGGCUUUUUAAAUUAAGAUUAAUGCCAGAUCCUUUCUGUAAUACAAAAGCUGUACUGAGGGUUGUUUAAUUUACAUGUAACAAUGAACAUCGGUUUUAAAACAUGAAUGUAAAUAUCUCAAUAGAAGUUCUUGUCCUUUUUAGUAAUGUGAAAAUGCUGUCACAAGGAAACUAGAAAAGUCUUGCCUAGGAGCAAAAUGGAUUGUCUCUUUUUUGUAGCUGUUGUUUUAUACAUUAAACUAUGUAAAUCCUUCCUGGAGAAAUGAUUUUUGAAAUUGAAUGUUAAAAUAGUUUAACUUUUUAAAGGAGUUUCUUUUCCUCAAGAAGAAAAAAAAUGUCCUUGUUCCACAUGUAAUUCAACUUUAAAAUUGGCAAAAUUGUCAGUUGCUCUGGAUAACUUUUUUCUUCUUCUACUGCUUGCAGUAUUGUCUAGUUUCUUAUGGGAGCCCUUAUAUGAAGUAUUGUAACUUAAAUUGAUGGAAAAACUUGCUAAUUUUACCUAAUUUCUCUUCACACCACCACUCCUGCCCUUUUCCUGAAUAACUAGUUAGAGGAAUUAAUGUGCCAUUGUAUUCCAGUGUCUUCCAAAGUUUUUUGUGUACUCCUUUGAAAAAAAAUCUGUGGAAGUGUUUGAUAUUGGCAGGAACAUAGAUGGCAGGUAGAAAUUUGUGAUAAGUGUCACAAGUAGUUUAUUGUUUUGAUUGUUAGGUGCAGCCUCCAAAUACCAGUCAUCUGCUCUUGGUGUAGCUACCAGUCACGUUCUUGGCCUGUGUGCACUUUGAACUAAAAUUACUUGGUUCAAAUGUAAUGGAGUUCACACCUACUUUGUUUUACUUCUAGUAAUUUUUAGCUAGUUGACAUUUCAGGCUGCAGCACGAACCACGGAAAGGUGUAUUUAAUUUCUCCUUCUUACACUGAGUGCUACAUUGUUUCCUGUUUCAUAAAAAAUCACAAAAUGGGGAGACUUCCAGUUCUGUCUAAUAGUGGCCAUGUUUUUCCUUUACCCAGGGAAGCCUAAGGAGAGAUUUCCUGUUUUGUGUUCCAUCAGUUUGUAACACUACGUGGCGCCCUUGUUCAAAUAACAGCACUUCUGCUCGCUUUCUGUAAACUGUCAGCGAGAGGUUGACAUGUAGAGGCUUUCCAAAAUAGGAAGCGUUCCUAAAUGAACUAAUUGGAAAAAUUCUCAAGGUUUAUUAAGAAACUCAAUCUUUAAAUUCAAGCCAACUCAUACAGAUAGACAUUCUGGAAUGGGUGUUUGCUUGAUAUCUAUGCUUGAGCUUUUGUUUGAGCAGGUAUGGAUGGUUUUCUUUUGUCAUGUGGGUCUUGUCCUUUUGCAGACAACUGAAGAUGAACAGUGAUCACUAAGGGGAAACUGCAGUAUUCUGCAUUUCUGUGCAGAAGUUAAUACCUCAGUGGUGUUAGACCUUUGGUGCAGGCUGAAGUAAGUGGUGUCCAAGUGAAUGGAAGGAUGGUUAACAGGGAUGAUCUGCUAGUAGGUCUGAGAAAUUCUUUGCUCACAUAAAUCUGAUUCCUUCUCUAAGGGGUUUGUGUGAAGGAGGAAGUGGUUGUGUAUACCUGAGAAAGUGGGACAGGACAAGUUCUUCAGAACAGGCUUGGAACCACUUGGUUUAGUUUAUACCUGACCUAGUUCAACCACUAUUUAGCUUCUGUUGGUCUUCCUUCUACUGUGCAACAGUGACUUUGCAUAAUGUAAACCACAAAACUGCAUCACUCUGAAGUAGCAAUUUAUCACAAUCAUCCCACACAAAUGAUAUGCACUUAAGAAGAACUGCAGCUUCAGCUUUGCUUCAGAGAGACUUUUGUCUUGUGGGGCCUUAGAAAUCACUUGGCUUUAAUGAUGAAUUAGUUUUGCAUGGCAUCUCUACUGACAUUUGAAAAGAUGAUUUGCCACCUUUCUGUUCCUGUUGAUACAGGAUGUAGGAAAACUUUGGGGCUGUAGCACUCAGAUGAUGAACAUUCCUGCUUUCCAGAAGUACAAAACUUUUCAGUCUUUCCUUUAAACUACUUUGACUAAUAUUGUGAUGGUAGUUGCUCCCUUUUUCCAUAUUAUUUAAGUUUAAUAGAACAGGUUGUUGGGGGAGCAGAGGAUGAGUGUCCAUAGCCAUCUGCUGCUGUUGCAAAAAUUGUUUGUGACUACUUCAUAUCAUUCACCUACUCUUGUUUUUUGGAGUAUCCUUAAGAGUUGAGGCUGAAGCCUUCUGCUCUCACAACCAGGAAAUAACAGAAGAAGCAUAAGGAAAAAAUCCACUAUAAAAUAACAACAACAAACAACAGGAUAGACAUAGAGAAACUGUACUAUAAUAAAAUUUAUUUGUUCAUAUUUAUUAUUCUACUCUCCAGGUAACCAUUUCUGACAAGUGUUAAAAUUUGAGAAUAUUACCCACAUCAGACUGGGAGCCACCAAAUGUUUAGAGGCUACAAAUCAGUCAAUUACUACCAUCGUGCCUCAGUAUGAGGUAGUAACUUUGGAUUCCUGCUUUGAAAAAAAUACCAGUGAAAAAUUAUAGUUUAGUGGGUUUUCUUUGGUGUUUUUGGUUUUUUGUUUGUUUGUUUUUUGGUGUUUUUUUUGCUGGUGCAUAAUUUGAGUCAGGUAUACCAGAAUGACACAAACUGAGCCUUAUCUGUUUAGUGUUACAAACAAGACUAAGACCUAGUGAAUUAAAGCUGUUGUACUGAUUUCAAUAUAAUGGUAUAGUGUGCUAUGAGGCAUUUUUUUCUCCCCAAGAACUAUGCACUGGAAAAUCUGACUAGGAUGGGUUUUUUGUAGGUGUGAUUGAACCUGCUUUUAGGGCCCUUACCUCCUCUAUCAUGUGGAAAGAAUUAGCCUUUUUUUUGGUGGGAGCCUUGAAACUUGCAGGAGAACUGUGCCCAGCAGUGGCUGCACC